GGUGCUGCAGAUGCUGAUCCCCGGCUGCUUCCUGGCUGUUCCCUGACUUCCCCCCUGACUUCCCGUUCUCCUCCCGGCACCGCUCCCGCUCCAAACGGCUCCGCAGCCAUGUCCACCUUCCGCCAGGAGAGCGUGGAGGACUUCUAUGAGAUGGGGGAAGAGCUGGGCAGCGGCCAAUUCGCCAUCGUCCGGAAGUGCCGGGAGAGGAAAACGGGCCUGGAAUACGCGGCCAAGUUCAUCAAGAAGCGCCGGCUGUCGUCCAGCCGCCGGGGCGUGAGCCGGGAGGAGAUCGAGAGGGAGGUGGACAUCCUGAGGGAGAUCCAGCACCCCAACAUCAUCACCCUGCACGACAUCUUCGAGAACAAGACCGACGUGGUGCUCAUCCUGGAGCUGGUGUCGGGCGGGGAGCUCUUCGACUUCCUGGCGGAGAAGGAGUCCCUGACGGAGGAGGAGGCCACCCAGUUCCUCAAGCAGAUCCUGGACGGGGUGCACUACCUGCACUCCAAGCACAUCGCCCACUUCGACCUCAAGCCAGAGAACAUCAUGCUGCUGGACAAGAACGUGCCAAACCCUCGCAUCAAGCUCAUCGACUUCGGCAUCGCCCACAAGAUCGAGGCUGGGAAUGAAUUCAAGAAUAUCUUUGGGACCCCGGAAUUUGUGGCCCCGGAAAUUGUGAAUUAUGAGCCCCUGGGGCUGGAGGCCGACAUGUGGAGCAUCGGGGUCAUCACGUACAUCCUGCUGAGCGGAGCCUCCCCCUUCCUGGGGGAGACAAAGCAGGAGACCCUGACCAACAUCUCUGCUGUCAACUAUGACUUCGACGAGGAGUAUUUCAGCAACACCAGCGAGCUGGCCAAGGACUUCAUCCGCCGCCUGCUUGUCAAGGACCCCAAGAAGCGAAUGACCAUCGCCCAGAGCCUGGAGCACCCUUGGAUUAAGGUGAUCAAGAGGAGGAACGUCCGGAACGAGGACAGCUGCAAGAAGCCCGAGCGGCGCCGGCUGAAGACCACGCGCCUCAAGGAGUACACCAUCAAGUCCCACUCCAGCAUGCCCCCCAACAACACCUACAUCAACUUCGAGCGCUUCUCCAAGGUCAUGGAGGAGGUGGCCGCGGCCGAGGAGACCCUGCGGGAGCUGGAGAGGAACAAGAAGUCCUUCCAGGAGGACAUCGAGGCGCUGCGCUCCAUCUACGAGGAGAAGGAGUCGUGGUACAAGGAGGAGAACGAGAGCAUCAGCCAGGACCUGCGGCAGAUCCGGCAGGAGCUGCAGAAGACGGAGGCGCUGAAGAAGCAGGCGCAGGAGGAGACCAAGAGCGUGGUGCAGGCGGCCAACGGCCUCAAGCGGCGCUACCGCAAGCUGGAGAACCACUACGAGGCCCUGGCCAAGCAGGUGGCCUCGGAGAUGAAGUUUGUGGAGGAGCUGGUGUGGUCCAUCGACCCAGCCUUCACUCUGACCAGAAUAAAGGUGUCUGUGUAA